UGCAAAGCUGAAAGCCUGGUUGAAUAAACUGAGAUUUCUACCAUGGUGAACAGGAGACGGAAUGGAUCCCAUGCCAACAGAAACGCUGGUCGAGGAGGGGUUCAAGGACAGCAACAGCAGCAAUGCAAGCGGCCACCUGUUAAGGCUCUGAGGGAACCAGCCAUCUUUGCUAAAGAAUCAGGCAGUGCCUCUGACACCCCACACGACAAAGUGACUUUAGCCCAGGCUCGCCGUGGCACUCCAGCCCAUCGGCCUGUACGUGUGUAUGCUGAUGGAAUCUUUGACCUCUUCCACUCCGGUCAUGCCCGGGCUCUGAUGCAGGCCAAGAAUUUGUUCCCAAACACACAACUGAUUGUUGGUGUAUGCAGUGAUUCCCUGACGCACAAGUAUAAAGGCUACACAGUGAUGACAGAGGAUGAGCGUUAUGAAGCCCUUAUACACUGCCGCUAUGUAAAUGAGGUUGUUCGUGAUGCUCCAUGGUCCCUCAGUCCUGAAUUUCUUAAGAAACACAGGAUUGACUUUGUGGCUCAUGAUGAUAUCCCAUAUACCUCUGCUGGAUCAGAAGAUGUCUACAAACACAUCAAAGAAGCAGGAAUGUUUGUGGCCAUUCAAAGAAUGGAAGGGAUCUCUACCUCUGACCUCAUCACACGCAUUGUUCGAGACUAUGAUGUCUACGUCAGACGCAACCUGCAGAGAGGUUACACAGCACAGGAACUGAACGUUGGCUUCAUCAAAGAGAAGAAAUAUCGUCUGCAGGAGCAAGUGGAUAGAAUGAAGGAGACAGUGAGGACGGUGGAGGAGAAGUCCAAACAUUUAGUGCAUCGUGUUGAGGAGAAGAGCCAUGACCUCAUCCUCAAAUGGGAGGAGAAAUCUCGCGAGUUCAUCGGAAACUUCCUGGAGCUUUUCGGUCCAGAUAAAGCCUGGCACAUGAUUCAGGAGCGAAGUGGGCGUGUUCUCCAGGCUCUGUCCCCCUACCAGUCUCCAUGUACGUCUCCGAGCUCCAGCCCCACCAGAGGGCGCUCUACAUCACCUGACUCCCACUGGCCCCUCCUGCGCUUCCGCUCACCACCACCCAAAGGUGCCUCCUUCAGCAGCAGUGAGGGUGACGAGGAGGAAAAAUAGAUGAAUGCUGAGCUUCACACACACUUGUUCUUCAUUUUACUGUACUUAUGCAAUAACUGAGAUUUACAAUGGCAUUCUGAUCAAAGAUCCAGUGACCUCAAAUUUUUUUAAAAAGCCAUGUAAAUAAUAAUAAUAAAAAACACAUUGUGUUUAUUACCAAUUGUGGAAAACGUUUGAAAAAAAAACAAAAAAACAUAAGAACUGAACACUUAACUUGUCUGUCAAAUUAACCCACUACUUAAACAAAUGUAACUUGGUAAAAUCAUGUUUUUAUGGACAUUGUAUUGAGUAGGUCCAUAGUAUACUUUGAAGUACCAUGUAAAUAUCAUGGCACAUUAAUAUAGCAAUCAUUCAAAACCAUGGUAUUACUAUCAAAAUUCUUCUGCUGAAUUAAACAUUAUUUUAUCAAAUAAUAAAAAUAAACACCACUAAAAUCAUGUAAUAAACUGUACUUUGU